AUGUCUACAUUUAUAACGGAGGCCAAUAUUACAGAGAAAGAGCGAUUAGCAAGGGAAGAAGAAGAGCGAAGGAGACGGGAAGAGGAGGAGAGGCGGAGAAGGGAGGAAGAGGAAAGACGUAGAAGGGAGGAGGAGGAGAGGCAGAGAAGGGAGGAAGAGGAGAGGCAAAGGAGAGCAGCAGAGGAACAAAGGAGAAGACAGGAAGAGGAAGAAAGGCAGAGAAGAGAGGCAGCAGAAAGGCAAAGAAGAGAGGAGGAGGAGAGGCAAAGAAGAGAAGAGGAAGAGAGACAAAGACUGGCUGAAGAAGAGAGAAAAAGAAGAGAAGAGGAAGACCAGAGAAGGAGAGAGGAGGAGGAAAGACAAAAGAGGGAAGCUGAAGAAAAGGAAAAGCGGGAGCUGCAAGAGAGGCUGGAUCAAACCUUUAAGGAUGCAAAGGCUAAAUCUGAAAAAGAGGAAAACCUAUUUCGUGAGAAAAUGGAAGAGAAAACCACAACAGAUGUUAUAGUGAGCCAGUUUGAUGAAUUUGAAAAGAUCAAGGUUGACCUUGAAAAACCUGAUGCUGAAGAUCAAAAUCUUCUUGAUCUCUUGUCUACCAAGAGUGGAGUACACCUUUCUAAUAUAACACUGGCUACACUUACUCCACAACAGGUGGACAGCCUUUCCAAAUCCCUAGAUACUCUAUUAUUCCAAGAGUGGCCUUCAAAACCACCAAGCAGACUUACUCUUCUCCAUACUCAAGUACUGCUAACAGAAUUUAUACUUGCAGAUCUCAAGAUGGAAGACCGUCUACAGGAGAGCAUUACCAACCAAGCUCAGUACCUUGUGGAGACGAUUAACAAUGCUGCUGAAAAUGUAACUGACAUCUUUUGUUUCACACAAGCUUUGCUUAGAGCAUAUACAAGUAUGAUGGAAAAAGUUGAGUGCCAUGUUGUAAAGAUUACUAAGCUGAUGACCAAGAUGGAGACUCUUCCAGCAGAGGAAGUCUUUCUCUUGAAAUUUCUAGAACUUCUCCAAAAGAGCCUGAGAGAAGUCAAUGAGCCAAAAUAUGGACAAGAUAUCACAAGUGUGGAGAAGAAGUGCUAUGAGGUCUUGCUAACCACAGCAACCCAUUCCUAUAAUGAGGAUGUUUACUCUGAAUUGAACUGUAGACUUCUGAGGAUUGUCCAGUCUGGUCUUUGGAAGCCAAAUGAGGCUAUGGAUUUUAUGUAUGAAUUGGUAAGCCGUUGCAGUGAUCCUGUUCUCCUCGCAAAGGUGCUCCAUCUGAUUGAAAUCUACCGUGUCCCUCCAACCUGGCAGGAUGAAGAUGGAAAGAAGAUCAGUGACCACCUUGGUACAGAGAUUCUGUAUGAAGAGUUUGAAAAGGACUUGAGAAAAGAACCAGAAAAGUCGCCUGAUACUGUUCUGGAGGAAAUUAAAAAGUCUGGAAGCAUUGACAUUCAGACUCUUGAUAAGGUGCGCUGCAUUGUGUCAGGUGUCCAAAAAAGAAUUGCUGCCCUCCAAGUGAGUGAACGUGACAUACUUGAAAAUAUACCAAAAGGCUCCCUGAGUGCAAGUAAAAAUGUGGAAGACCUUGAAAAGAUUUUAUUCACUCUCUGCAAGGGAGUUUAUAAAAUGAAUAAAUAUUUUCCAAGGGUGACGCAAAUGGUCACCUGGUGUCUGCUGGCCCUGUCCGAAUACAGCAAGUUACUGGAGGUUGGCACUGGAGAAGGGAAAUCUUGCAUUAUAGCCAUGUUUGCAGCCAUGCGAGUGUUGAUGGGACAGCAAGUGGAUGUUGUUUCUAGUUCUUCUGUGCUCUGUGAACGAGAUGCAGAAGAUUGGAGUCCCUUUUAUACAUUCUUCAACAUUACAGUAGAUACAAACACUAACAAAAAUAAGGAUGAAGAGCGAGCCAUUUGUUACAAAGCCGAUAUUAUCUAUGGGACUGUGGAGACCUUUGCAGCCGACUAUCUACGCCAGAUCUUUGAAUUGAAACAGGUCAGAGGUAAUCGUCAGUUUCAAUGUAUCAUUGUGGAUGAAGUGGAUUCUUUGCUGCUGGAUCGAGGAGUGCAGCUCACUUACCUAUCAAGUGACAUGAUAAGCCUUCAGCACCUCAACACAAUUUUGGCAAUGAUCUGGAGUGUGGUGAACCAACACGGUUUGGUUGCUACAGAGAACAAUGUAUUUAUUCGAGGCCCACCUGUGCCCUUUUACAAAGGCAUAUUUGAUUGUCUAAGUGGAGAUGAUUUGGGCCUAGAAGAACCAAUUGACAUUUUGGAAAUUGCCGAAGAGAAUGGCCUUGUUCCAUCUGGCUUUUCAGAGGAGGUAGGAGCCAGUGACAAAGACAAGUUAACAGAAAAGCUCAAAACCAUAACUCAGAGCACCAUAUUGGAAUUUUUCCGUGUCUUGGAAGAUUACGUUCCCUAUCACUUUUCAACAUAUACUCAAGAUGCAGAUGGCAUACUUCAACUGACUACUGAUGACAGCACUCCAGGACUUCCUUUCCUGGUUCUGGACAAUGGACUCUGUUGUUUGCUUUCAGAUUCUGACCAGCAACUCUGGGAACCAGUUCGCAGUUACGUAUUGGAACAUCUUCAAUUCACACCCUGUACAAACAACCCUGAGAAACAUAGCAUUCCAGGCUUUCUGCGUGACCUAGUAGAAACAAAAAUGCAGACAUGGGUAGAAAAUGCAUUUUUAGCAAUUAAGCUGCAGCCAGAGAGGGAAUAUGUUGUCAAAGGUGACUGCAUCCUGCCAGUGGACUUCAAAUCUACUGGGAUUAUUGAACUCAACAAGAAAUGGGGAGAUGGCCUUCAGCAGUUUCUAGAAAUGAAGCAUCAGACAAAGAUCAGUACCAUGUCCACAAUCACCAAUUUCAUCUCCAAUGUCUCGUUCUUCAAGAAAUAUCAAAACGAGAUCUAUGGCACAACAGGGACUCUGGGCACCGAUGCAGAUAUUGAGUUUCUGUCCAAACUCUACCCAAAUCUCACCUCUUGCCGUAUACCAACAUUUAACAGAAGAAAGUUAUUUGAGGUCCAAGGAGAGAUGACAAAAUCUUUAGAGGACUGGAGGAGAAAAAUAUGUGAUACAGUCCAGGAACAGAUCUCUCCCAGUUCCACAGGAAAAGGAAGAGCUGCACUAGUGAUCUGUGAAAGCAUUAGCCGAGCCAUCGAAAUUGAAAAGGCACUGAAACCUUAUGUGCGUGGCCAGCUAAAGCUCUAUAUACGCAGUGACAAUGACAAUGCAAAAAUUUUAGAUGCAGAGUUGGCUCCUGGUGAUGUGAUUGUUGCCACUAAUUUGGCUGGCAGAGGAACAGACAUCAAAGUGUCUGGAGAUGUCAAUAACAGUGGAGGACUCUUUGUGGUUCUUACCUUCCUUUCUCAGAAUGCAAGAGUGGAACUUCAGGCUUUUGGCCGCACCGCUCGAAAGGGAAAGCCUGGCUCGGCGCAGCUGAUUGUGUGCACUAAGCAUAUGCCAGAAUACCUCCGGGAAGCUAACACUCUUGGUGCAGUAAAAAGGAUCAGAGAUCAGGUAGCAAAGGCCCGGGUGUUGCACUACUUGGAUGACGAUAUUCCAGAAAUUUUCUUACGGGAGGAGUUAUUUUCCCGCUACUGUGAAAUCCUAUUGUCUGUCUACAAUGAGAUUGAGGAUGUGGAUGAUGAGAAAGCAACUGUAGCAGUUCUAAAUGAAUACUGGGGAGUAUGGCUGCAGCUGAAAUCCAAGCCAAUACUGGAAUUGAAGAGAGAUGAGCUGUUUGCUGCUUUGGCUGCUGAUAUCGCCAAGGCCAAGCAGCAGUCCAAAUCUAACGAGUCUCCAUGUUCUAGCAUCUAUCAAUAUAUCCGAUUUGGAAACAAAGAACUCUAUGAUGAGAAAUUUGAAGUUAGUGCCCGCUUGUUUGAAAGAAGCAUGGCUCUUGAUCCAUCUUGGGCUGCCAUUGCCUUCUAUAGCCAUGCCUACUGCACAAUAAAGCUGUCAAAAGACAACUACUUAAAUCGAGCACUGGAAGAUUUGGAAAAAGCAAAGGACUCUCUGGCAUAUUUCAAAGAACAAUGUGUGGUGACCUUGCAAUUGGUCAAGCUAGCUAACAAGUCAAAAGAGAGUGAAGAAACCACCAGAUUCCAGAAUCACAUUAUGACAAGAUGCCAAGUGCUAGAUUUCUUUAAUAAAAACAUUGAAGAAGCUGUGCAGAAGCUGAAAGAAAUCCAAGACCGGGGAAGGGAUGCUGAUGUUCAAGAAACUUCUGUUUUUGCACUCGUCCCAGAUGCACAAUCUGAAGUUCACCAAGAACUGUAUGAGUUUUACAAACUGGGCCUGGUCAACAUCUAUACUGUAAAGGAGAGACCCCGUUUCUGUUGGGAAGGUCUGCUCAUCUUCCUUUUGGGAGUCCUACAGCUUGUUGGAGGGAUCAUUCUUACGGCUGUCUCUUGUGGCACACUAGCCAAUAUUGGUAUGGCAUUGAUUGGUGAAGGAAUAUCGGACUGCAUCAGUGGUGCUGAAGCCAUGAUAACUGGAGAAUUCAGCUGGGCAUCGUGGGCCAUUGAGAAAGCAAUUUCUGUUGGCCUCUCCUUGAUCAGCUUUGGAAUCGGCAAGGUUAUUGCCAAGGGUGCUAAAGCAACAAUGACGGCAAUCAAACACAUUGGUAAGAAUUUGAAAGCUUUGCCCAAAGUACUCGGCAAACAGAUCAAGACUGGGCUUAAGCAAGCUCUAAAGGAUAACAUAAAGAAUGUUCUUAAAUAUGCUGGCAAAGAGAUUGCUGUUGAGCUUCUAGGUAAAGCAGAGGAUAAAGCACUGGAAGCCAUUGUCGAAGAGAUUAAAAAAGCAGCCAAGGAAAAUGCAACUCAAACAGUGCAGCAAAAUAUGAAACAAGAGCCAUUAAAGCCUCUAGCUGACACGGUCGUUCUGUCCCACUUGAAGGAUGGCAUGCAAGUGAAUGUGUUGCUGUCAGAUACCAUUAGUAAGGAGAAGAUGAAGAAGAUUUUUAAGGAAAUGGCAGACUCUGUGCUGCAAACCAAUAAAGAGGGUCUGGAAUGGCAGGAAAAACUGCAUUCUUCACUGUUCAAGGUUCUAGGUAAUGCCUCUGAGGAGGCCAAAGGAAAGCUUAAAAUUGCCCUGGGUAUCAUCCAAGCAACCUAUAUGAGUGCUUUGGCUGCAGAUGCCAUAGCUUCAGUCACCAUUAUGUGCCAAGACUUUAACAGCAAAUAUUGUGAUGAUCUUGACAAGAUGAUUAAAGAGAAAUCCAUGGCAGCAAAAGCAGAAAAAGUGGCAGUGACCACUAGUGAGCGUGAAAGUUUAGAUGCUUUUAAACAGGAGUUGGCAGCUGAAGUUGCAGGAUCAUUAGUGGAGGUGCUUACUGUGGUUUUUCCAGCAGAAGUUCUCCAACCAUCUUGUGAAAUUUGCCCAAAAUAAAGUAAAUGGUAAAAUUAACAAAUAUCUUGAAAGUAAGUUGAAAGUGGAUGCUGAUACUUUCAUAAAGUCUAAAGAAGUGUCCACUGGCAAUCCUAUAGAUUACAAGAAAGAGCUAUCGCCCACUGCAGUAAAUAUGCAGAAGGCAGUAAAAGCAUAUGCUGCAGACAUCCAAAAUAUCAAGAAAGUCGAAACCAUAAUCGACUUCCGUGUGUUAGCUGAGGUCACAGGAAAGAGGAUUGUUGUCUUGGCUGCAGAUAAUAAAGGUGACAUGAGGAAGAUUCAAGCUUUGAAUCCCAACCUGAAAACCAUCACUGGCACCGUAAAAAUAGUGUACCAACCCAAAAAUGAGCAGUAUCCCAAUGGUCGCUAUGAUGUAUACAUUAAAGGGCAAGUUGUAACUGUACAUGGUGAAGGAAAAGCCUUUACAGCAGUAGCCAGAGGGCUUGAACCUGAGGCUUCAGAAACCAAGGUAACUGAAAAGGCCACGGAAUUGAAAGCACUGAGCUCCAAAACUCUCCUGGAAAAUACUUCCGAGUGGGCUUUAGUCAUUCAGCGUAAGAAAUGGAUAGAUGAAUUCCGAGGGGUAAGCAUUAAACCUUAAAAUUAGUACCAUCGGUGUGACCUGAGCAGAGCUUGUCAUGGCUUAAAUUCCAGCAAAGCAGCUUCAACCACAAUUUAUCCAAGUCUGGAAUCGCAUUCAACAAGAUGUUACUAUAGUUUUGACUGGACAUGCAGCAAUUGAGUUGUGUGUGGGUGGGUGUUGUUUUUUU